AUGGCCACGACACUGCAAUCCACGUACAAACUGGUCUCGGGGUUUGAGAUUCCCGUGGUGGGGUUCGGAGUACGUUUACCAAACGUACGCUAUCACAAUUCAUUCGAGCCAUUGGACUUCCUUCUAACGCACACCAGUCCCGCCGAAGUCACCGAGCGCGUCACUCUCAAAGCCCUCGAGCUCGGAUACCGCCAUGCCUACGGCAACGAGAAAGAAACCGCCUCUGCAAUCCGGCGGUCCGGCCUGCCACGCUCGCAGAUCUUCUACACGAGCAAGGUGCCUAAGUCGAUGAUGGGCUAUGAGAAAGCCAAGCAGGCGAUCGAGGAGAGUGUUGCCGCUGCGAAUUUGGAGUACAUCGAUCUCUUGCUCAUCCACGCCCCCUAUGGCGGCAAAGACGCCCGCCUAGGCACAUGGCGCGCUCUGGUCGAAGCCCAGAAAGCGGGUAAGGUCCGCUCACUCGGCGUGUCCAACUUUGCUAUUCAGCAUCUCGAGGAAUUGGAGGAGUACAUCAAGAGCGGCGGUGGUGGAGAGAUCGCUGUUGGCCAGUAUGAGAUCCAUCCCUGGUGCCCGCGCGAGGAUGUUGCCGAGUGGCUGCGCAGUCGGGGCGUUGUCGUUGAAGCGUAUUCGCCGCUUGUGCAGGCGACAAGGAUGGAGGAGCCUGUGCUAAAGAAUUUGGCGGGCAAGUAUGGGAAGACUCCGGCGCAGGUUUUGGUUAGGUGGAGCUUGCAGAAGGGCUAUGUGCCGCUGCCCAAGUCGGUGACUGACUCGCGCAUCUUGGAGAAUGCGCAGGUCUUUGAUUUCGAGCUGUCGUCCGAGGAUAUGGAAAGUCUGAAGCUGGAUGAGUAUGCGCCUGUGUGCUGGGAUCCUGUGCGCGACUGUAAGAACUAG